UCUCUCCCUUUCAGUGUCUUGGUCGAGAGAAAGAACAAAGAUGGUGAAGCGUAGUUUACCAAAUGGAAAAGAAGAUUGGCUUGAUGCACUUUUGAUGGAUAGGUUUGGAAAUUGCAAAAACCACAAAGAAAAGUUUAAUGAGAAGAAUGUGUUUUGUUUGGAUUGUGGAAUCAGUUUUUGUAGGUAUGAUAAGGAAUCUCAUUCUCUUCAUCGAAAGGUUCAGAUAUACAGAUAUUGCUAUGUAGAUGUUGCAAAAUAUACUGACCUACUCAAGUAUUUUGAUUGCUCAUAUAUUCAGACUUAUAUAUCAAACAAUGACAAGAUUGUGCUUAUCAAACCCCGACCACCAAAGACAUCAACAUCUCAAAAGCAAGCUGGUGGAAUUUGUGAAGAAUGUGGUAAACAGUUGCAAGAUAAACGUAACAGAUUCUGUUCCAUCAAAUGCAAGAUCACAAUUGAGGAGCUUGGAAUCAACCAAGAUGAUCACCAAAAUUCAGAGGCUGAGUCAUCUAUUUCUACUGAUGAACCAAAUGAAUCUGGUGAAAGAGUGAAUUUGAGAAAGCGUCCAAGGAAAAGCACUCCUAUAAGAUCUAUCUCUAGUUUUGUAAAUGAUUAUUGAAAUUUUUCAAUUUUCUCUUCUUUCUUUCUUGAUCAUAUUAUUUGCUUAUAUACUUGGUGAAUAAGAUUUAUUGCAACGUUUUAGA